AUGACUAACCAUGUACAAAUGUGUGUUCUCCCUGGUUCCAUUCUGACCUCCACUGCCUCCUCUCACUUCAGUUGUGGUGUUUUGGAGUUCCGGUGGGUAUUUACGUGUCAUUCUCGCAUCUCCCCCCACCGCAUCUGCCUUAUCUUCCCCCACCGCUUUCUCGCCACUCAUAUUCGGAUUUCACCAAGCUACAGACGGGACGACGCAGAUGACCAUCGACCGGACUCCGAUUUAGGUUCUCACGACGGGACUGGGAUCGGAUACGUUCCGUUGAGCUCUUCAAAUCCUCAAAUUUCUUUGAUGCUUCCACAGUCGGUUCUCACAACGGGGCUGACUCCUGAUUUGUGCCACCGACAGCAACCCAGCAGUCACCGCCAACUGGAGCUUCUAACCCCUUUUCGCCUGCUUCUCAAACGCUGCCACCGUGGGUUUGCACUGUUAAAAGAAAUGACUCUAAUCGUGUAUAUCAAUAAAUGCAAGAAUUUGUGGUUAACAAUGGAGGCAACAGUGAAAAAGUUUCAGCAGAAAUUCAAGAGGGUGAAAGAUGACAUGGAUAAAUGGGACAACCUUCAUGCUCAAUUAGUAUCACAGUUCAGAAAUGCUUCUUCCAUCAUUGGAAGGUACGACCAUCAGGUAGCCAGCAGCCCUGUGUCGUUGUGUCGGUAUUGUUCAGCCCUAAUUCCUUCAACUCUUUCGUUCUGCUGGACAAGCUUUUGA